GACGUCGUAUCCCGCGUUUUAGCAGUGUUUUCCAGCAGAAUGCAGUAGUGUUGCAAAGUUAUUGCUCUUGGCGCGUUCUGGCGGUAUGUCAGUGAAACUAAGACAUCUGAUGAUGGAGUUGGGAGCUGGCGAAGACAUGGACACCCAGGCUGGGGGCUCUUCAUCCACCGUUGAAGUUCCACAUCCCUGCAUCCUCUUUAAGGAACCAAGACAGCCACGAGUUUACACCUCUCUUGGAUUUCUGACACAGAGCUUUGCACAGCUAAUGAAACAGUGCACUGAUGGUGUAAUGGACCUGAACAAUGUUGCCCAAACCCUCAAUGUGCCCAAGAGACGCAUCUAUGAUAUCACCAAUGUGCUUCUAGGGAUUGAGCUCAUCACAAAAAGGAAUAAAAACCAAAUUGUCUUGACUCCCGAUUUGACUCUCAGUCGAAUGCCUGAAGACGUGGAAGAGGAAAAGAGAAUGACUGAAAAAGAGUCGGAGCUAGACAAGAUGAUCUACAUCUGUCGGCACAUGCUUCAUCAAAUGUUUGUCAACCAGGCGAGCGCCAAAUACAUGUACCUGACUCAUGAGGAUGUCCGAGGGAUUCCCAUGUUUCGGGACCAGACUGUGAUGGUGAUCAAAGCACCUGCUGACUCUAUGCUGGAGGUUCCUCACCCUGCAGAGGGCUACCAGGUCCAUAUCAAAAGCAGCAAGGGGCCAAUUCAGGUGGGCAUGUGCUGUGAUGACCCAGACCAGAUGGAAGUCACUCCUGAAGCUAAAGGCUGCUCGGUGAAUUCAACUGGCAGAAACAGCCAUGACACUUUGUCUCCAGUGCCUUCUCAAGAGCUCACCAUCCCCAUGAAUGAAGCUGAUAGUAAAUCUGCUCUGCUGUCCAAGAUAGCUCAACUCAUCUCAACUGAUUGACUCCAAAGGCCUGUCAAUGCCAGCAGGCCCUUUUAAGGAGUGCACUCCUUAAUGGAAAGUCUCAUGACCGAGUUCCUGGACAACAGUUUUCACCUGAUGCAAGCUCGACUUUCUUCUGAUGUCACCACAUUGGACACUGUAUUUUAUGCAUAGCUUUUUGUGCUAUCUAUACACGUGGCCUAGUGCUGCCACUUGCUGGGCUGUGCUCUACUUCACUUUGCUUCACUUGAGCUAUUUUUAUAGCUAGAUUGACAUUGAACGUUUCAUUUUGACAUCAGCUUGUACAACGGAUAUUUUUCUUUUCAUGAUGGCUUGUUGGGCGAUGUUUACCUAAUUUGCCACUUUCUCACUACCUCCUUUUAAAACUGCUAUGUGGGCACUGUUUGCACUUUCUCCAGGUUCUUUUGUAAGUCGGCUUUGUUACUGUUUUGUUGACAAGGUAACUGUGUUUUACCUGUUCUGUUGUA